AUGGGGAUUGAGUUAGAUGGGUGUUGUGAGCUUUGUAGUGAUGGUGUGGAAAGCAGGGAUCAUCUGUUUAAUGAUUGCAUUUUUGUUGUUGGUCUCUGGAGUAAAAUUUUGCAGACUUGCAGAAUUCCCUAUAGGGUGCUAUGUUGGGAUGAUACCUUGGUCUGGGCUGCCAGUAAUCUUAAGGGGAAAUCCUUGCUGGUAUGCAUUCUAAAGCUAGCUUGGACUAGUCUUCUGUGCUUUGUCUGGGAAGAACGUAAUCUCAGUCACUUUAGAGGCUGCUUUCGGGCGAUUGAUGAGGUCUUUGAGGUUAUCAAACGGACAGUCAGCGUUAAGUUGCAUGAUUGUAGCGUUAACAAAGCUGAUAGGGUUAAUUCUCAACUUUGCCUUGACUGGAACAUCGGCUAG